AUGCCGGGAAACUGGCCAUCCGCCGGAGUUGAGUCUCCUUCUGCGUCAGCAACAGUAGAAACACAGGCAAUACCCACUACGACCGACGACCUCGCCGAUUCUCACAGAAAGUCUAAGACGGAAUUCAACUCGAUCCCUUGCGAGAUUCUUCACAUGAGCUUAGGGCUUACCAGCGGGCCUGAUGCCGGAACUCAGGCUCACAGAAAGUCGUCGACCGAGUUCAAGGAGGUUGUAGCAACGGAAGGCAAGUGGAUCUUUCGCCGCGCGGAUAAUCAAUCAAGUAUGGAAGAGGCUAUCGACCCGCUCGACUUCGAUCUCCAGGAGCCAGCCAACACUCCUUCCGAGGGGCGCAGAGACGAAGAGAGAAGAACAACCGGCCAGCUGUGGAGAAAGCCCGAGUCGCAAGAUUCAGCGCUGCUUUGGAAGUCAAAUAGUCGGUAG